AUGACAGGCAAUCAUCCCAAAAAGUCAAAUGAAAGAAGAGACAUGUACAAUAAACCCAGAAAAAACUCAUCAGGUGGUUCAGGCACAAAAAAGGAAUUCACGAAUAAAACGUUGCUCCAUCAUCCAAAAGCACAACAAGCAGCUGGUGCUGCUAUUUUAUCAGCUGUGACUUCACCUCAAUCAUCAGGUUUGAUUCAAUCACAGCAGCCUGUACUUGGAAUGAAUGGCUUUAAUCGAGGUGAACUAGUCGAAUUCUUAAAUAUGCGUUUUUCAGAUGCAUUGACAGCCUAUCAUGAUACCAAUUUGGAUGCUUCCAUGAGACCUGAGAAAUACGAAAGUAAUCAAAAACCACACACACCUUCUGCUUGGGGACAACCACUACAACAUAAAAUGGCAGCAGGUAUAUAUAUAUAG